CACCUGCUACUAUCAUCCUUCUGCCUGUGGCUGCUCUUGCAACUUCACAGCACUUAACCCUUACACCGCGCGACGAUGUUUGCCACCAACUCACGAUAUGAGAACAAAAUCCAGCGCCUACUGUAAGGUGUACUAUAGUCUACUAGCUCUGUGUUAUCUUGAGGUGCUCCUGUGGACAUUCUGCCUGCUCGCGUCUUGCGCGGCUCCCGUGCACGGUCAUAGCUACCUUAUUCGCGAGACACAAACCCUCAAGCUCGCGACUCGCACGGCUGUCCGGCCGAUUGUCUUCAAGCAGCACUUGCGCUUGCAGCCAAAGCUCCUGUGGGAGGACCGCAGUGUGUGUGUCCGAAAGGAGCAAGUUGAUAUCAACCCAAGGGUUGAUGAGUCGGGCCUAAGCGGUCUGAGAGGCUUUCCGGUAUCCACCGGACUACCAGCCCCUUACACGGGCAUCAAGGCUAUCUCGUGAACGGCGGCUGUGGACCAGUACCUGCGUGGGCGAGGGCUUGACAGCACCGAGGCUCACGGCGACGGCUACAAGGAGGAGCAACUCAAUCUACUUGACGGUCCAGCACUUCAUUGUUUAGUUCACGGUUAGCAGUCAUACUAAGCAGGGCAGCCUGCUAAUUUCGUUAGCGCGCAGUAUCAGGCUCUACGAUUCGUUCGUAACGGUUCGUGUACAUAUCAUAACAGUUUUGGCGUACUUUACGUCAGGUGUAGAAGAAAUCCUUCAUUAGGGGUCUGCCGCAGCACAAAACUCGGGCGACCACUUCAGACAGACAGAAACAGUAGCAAUGUCGGAGACGGAGAAGCGGAGGGGUGGCAUUAUCCCGUUCCGCAUUCCCCUUCCCAACCCGCUGGCCUGGCGGCCGCCCUUCAUUCCGGGACUGGGCCGCCGCCGCAAGGACCGCACCAAGCACUUUGCGUCCACCAGCGUGGUCAGCGUGGCCACCAUCAGCGACAGCGUGCUGCAGGCGGCGGGCAGCGGCGCGUCUGCGGCCGCCGCACCGCCGCCGGUCAAGGUGGCGCUGAAGCCCGCCAGCGACGUGUUCGCCGGCGCCCUGGCUCGCGCUGCCUCCCAGUCCACCAUCCACCCGCUGGACACGCUCAAGGUGCGGCUGCAGACCAGCAGGGCUCGUGCCGCCUCGGCUAUGCCGCCGCCGCCCGGACUGUCCAAGAUUGGGCAGCUGGUGCCGCCGCCGGCUGCACCCGGCGGCGGCGCGGUUGGGGCGCUGGCCCGCUUCGACGGUCGUGCGGUGCUGGCGACCCUGGGCAGCCUGUACAGGGGCGUGGUGGGUGCUGCCAGUGGCGCUGGCAUCGCCAUUGGCGCCUACUUCGCUGUGUACGGCGUGGCGUGCAACACCCUGUCGCGCUACACCGACCUACCGCCCACGAGUGUCGCGUUUGUGGGCGGCGGCAUUGCGGCGCUGGGCAGCUCAUUCGUCAAGGUGCCGCUGGCGGUGUGCAUCCGCAGCGUGCAGGCGGGCGUGUACCCCAACGUGUUUGCGGCCGCCCGCUCCAUCACGUCGGCGGCCGGCCCCCGCGGCCUGUUUACCGGCUACCUGCCCACGGUGCUGGAGGACGUGCCCGACAUGGCCAUCAAGUUCGCCGCGUACGAGAGCAUGCGACAGGUGUGUGCAGGCGGGCCAGCCAGCGUCUCGUCAUGCGCAGCGCAUACUGGGUUGCUGGUUGCCUGGCUUGAUACGACUAGCGCCUGAAAGAUGAAACGCGGGCAUUGCUGACCUCCCUUGCACACUUUCUCCUUCCUGUGCUCGCCCUGUCCGCACAGGUGCACCGCGCCAUGAACGGCGGUCGGAACGCCAGCGUGCAGGAGGACUUCGCCAUGGGCGCCAUUGCAGGCGCACUGGCUGCUGCUGCGACCACCCCCCUGGACGUGAUCAAGACCAACAUGAUGUGCAACGCCGCGGGCCGGCCCUCCAUGGCCUCGGCUGCGUCCCUGGUGCUGCAGCAGGGCGGUCCAAAGGCGUUCUUCCGGGGCGUGGGCGCCCGCGCGCUGAGCAACGGCGUCAACAGCGCCGUGUUCUUUGUGUUCUUUGAGGCCAUCCGCGGGGCCAUCGCCAACCGCGUCAAGAGCCACCCAGUGCAGAUUGAGAGUUGAGGGGCUAGCCGAUGGGGUGGCACCUACGUGGUGCAGGUCGCCGUUGGCAAGCGGGCUAGGCCAGCCUUAUAAUGCGGAGCAACUCCGUCACAUUGAGAUUCUUAAAGAAGCGUUCGCAGCCAUGGUGGUCCAAACAGCAUUGUUCCGUAAAGAAUCGACUCCCUAAGUUUGCAGCGUUGUGUUCGUGCGAGUAAGUGCCAAAUGGUGUUGGUGUUGAAAUGUGUGGUGUUGAACGUGGUAUUUAUCGACUGGCGCCGGAAGUUGAGGCGUCGAGAAGAAUCAGUGCAUGGAAGCAGGGAAAUGGGCAUGAAGCGGUUGUGCGUGUGACCACAGGCGGAGAUACCUGGGUGGAUGCAUGCGCGUUUUACAUGAAGUGCGCACGAAGACACGGAUGCAAAACGUAUCACCGGCGCCACGUUUGACCCGACCGACGAGUCUUCUUUGCAGCGCUAAUGGGCAGCAGGUUCAAAGGAGAAGGCCCUGUGGCACACGCGCGUGGGGGCGAGGUUAUGGGCCAGUGGGUCCGUGCGAGUUUGCUUCCCGGAGGUCGAGCGUUGUCACUUGUCACGAUUGCCGCUGGGGCGGGCGCUUGUAAAUAUAUACCAGCC